CACGACGAAGAACCCAACGAGAACAAAAGCGAGAACAGGCGAGACGGCACAAGCUGAAGAGUCGCCGGAAGCCACGCAUUUAAAAAUGUGUUUUAGCUUGUUUCCUUGCCCUUGACCCUGCCGUCCUUUCUUCAUCCUGCAUUCCUCCAACACAAACACAAGUUUUGUUGUUGAGAGGCUUCAUUCCGCUUCAGGUGCAUGUGAUUUCCCACCACUCCGAAGCACCACGACUUUUUACCUCCCCCACGACGACACGAGAACUGGGGGUGUAUCAUUUGCGUCACUCUCGUCAUGGAGAAAUUUUCUCAGUUCAGAGAUAGAGGUUCGGGAAUCGCUCCUUUCCUACCUAUCUCUUCCCAACACUCCGGCAUAUAUCUCCCAUUCCACAUAUUUCUCUUCUGCAUGCGGCUGCCGCUGCUGAUCACCGCAUUUGCCGCCUACUUUUGCGUGCUCCAAUGGCUUCCCAUAGGAUCCCUGGGUAAGAAAGCCUCCUUGUGGGUAAUGCUGGGAAUUCCAGGUAUAUGGUGGAUUGAUCUUCAAAUAGAUGGCGUCAAAAAAGGAUCGCUAGCCUCGCAGCACUCCUCCCCACUCCCAGGGCCCGCGUCCGUAAUCGCUUCGUCAUUUACUUCCCCAAUCGACGCUCUCUACCUUGCCGCCAUAUUCGAUCCCAUAUUCACAGUGUCGUAUCCUUCAACGUGCAAAGUCCAGCAGAUAUCCCUUGUUCAGGCUAUUCUUCGGGCAUUCGCCCGCCCCGAAGUGAAGCCACCCGCAGGCUCGCGCCUUGUGGAUAUAGCAACGCUGAUAAAACGGCACCCUAACAGCCCCAUUGUAGUAUUUCCUGAAUGCACGACGACGAACGGUAAAGGCAUCCUGCAGAUGAGUCCGUCUCUCGUCGCGGUCUCUGCAGCAACAAGAAUUUUCCCUGUCAGCCUGAGGUACACCCCCGCGGACAUCACGACUCCGAUACCACAAUCGUACAGGUCUUUCAUGUGGAAUCUCCUGAGCAAACCUACCCACUGCAUCCGCGUGAGGAUUGCGGAGAGCGUCCUGCUCCCGACCCAAACCAAAAGUACGAAAAAUAAUAAUAUUCAUAACGGAUCCCGCCUUGGACCCACAGACGGCCAGCCUUCGUAUGACCAUAAUUACUUUAACGCAUUAGACGCGAGGCUGGCCGAGUCACGCAUGGAUCUCGAUGCGUCGUUAACGAGCAUGGAACAGACGCUGCUAAACCAAGUUGGUGAGUCGCUGGCUCGACUGGGGCGAGUGAGACGGGUUGGACUGGGUGCCAAGGAUAAGCAGCAAUUUGUCAAGUUAUGGACGACGACAGGUAAACGAAAAUAGUACCGGUGGUUUUGACAUAAAACAAAUCUUUUCCUACACACCACUAUUUUUAAUCCAUAUUUUCUCUC